UUAUUAAUAUUUUGCAACCGAAAGUCAAGGAUCGUGCGUGCCUACCUCCACGUCGACGGCAACAACUCCUCGUCUCCUCCGCCUCAAUCCCAACUGUGCCAACAUCUUCACUCUUCACUCUCGUCUGACCAAGCAAUUGCGGUCACAGCUUCUCUAACCAUGGCGAGGAUGAUUUCAUCUCCCUCACCCACAUCUUUUUCGACCACACCUCGUUUCACGCCCAAGACCCUCUCUUCAAAUUUCUCCUUCGCCUCUCCUCUCCGUCUCAGUCUCCGAUCCUCACCUCUCAGAUGCGCCCCCACUUCCGUCCACAAAACCCUCAUUUCCGCUUCCAUUUCAGUCGGCGACAAACUCCCAGAAUCCACCUUUUCUUACUUCGUCUCCGGUGAAGAAGAACUCCAAACCAUCACAGUCUCGGAACUCACAGUGGGCAAGAAAGUCAUAUUGUUUGCUGUCCCUGGAGCUUUUACUCCUACUUGUUCUCAGAAACACCUUCCUGGGUUCGUCGAGAAGUCCGGUGAAUUGAAGUCGAAGGGUGUCGAUACCAUCGCUUGUAUUUCGGUGAACGAUGCUUUUGUGAUGAAGGCUUGGAAAGAGGAUUUGAAGAUUGGGGAUGAGGUUUUGUUGCUUUCUGAUGGGAAUGGAACGUUCACGAAGGCGAUUGGGACUGAGCUUGACCUUAGUGAUAAGCCUGUUGGGUUGGGAGUGCGGUCCAGGAGGUAUGCUUUUCUUGUGGAUGAUGGGGUUGUGAAAGUUUUGAAUUUGGAGGAGGGUGGUGCUUUUACGAUGAGCGGUGCUGAGGAUAUGCUUAAGGCUCUCUGAUUUUGGUCAGGUUGGGUCUUUCAGUAGUCUCUUUUUCUUCUUCUUCCACACCCCCCCCCCACCCCCUUGUUUUGGUAUGUAGUUUGGAUGUUCUCUGUCAAUCCGAGUCAAAUUUGAAUCCUCUUGAAUUGAGUUUGAUGCCAUUCUCUUCAAUGUCUGGCUCUCUUUUUGUUGAUGUUAUAUCUGUGGUAUCUAAAUUUUGAUUCAGGAUAUGUCUUGAUAAUAUGAGCUUUCAUAAUAAAACGGAGAAGAUCCACAUA